CUCGUCAAGUACGAUCCGGUGGCCGCCGAGAAGCUGCUUUUUCGUCAGCCAGCCAAAUGGGUUGUCCGAAAUUUUCAGAUCGCUUUUCCAAUCGGCUGGUGGGCCGCCUCGGUAGUGUGGGACUACGCCACGGGCCGAUCCCAACCGAUGCGCCGGGCCCGUGCGCAACAGUUAACCCAGGCCGUUUCUGAUUUGGGACCGGCCAUUAUUAAAGGUGGACAAGCACUGGCCUCACGUCCGGAUUUGCUGCCCAGUGAAUACUUGGAAGAAUUGCAAAAACUACAGGACGAUGUCCCGCGAUUCUCUAACCAGUUUGCGCUCCAGACCGUACGAGAAGAGCUGGGACGGGACUUUUCGGAAAUCUUUGAACUCGUGGAGCAGGAGCCAAUUGCGGCGGCAAGCAUAGGGCAAGUGUACAAAGCACGACUCAAGGCAAAUGGAGAAGAGGUCGCUAUCAAGAUUCAACGCCCGGGAUGCGAAGAGAUUAUUGCCUUGGAUCUUUACGUACUGCGCUGGUGGUCCGGUAUCUACAAUGGUAUCUUCCGCUUGCUAAACCGUGAUAUUGAUGUACAAUCAAUCAUUGAUGACUUUGGCGAACUGAUUUACCGAGAAAUCGACUAUGUGGCGGAAGCCGCCAACGCCCAGCGGUUUAACGAACUGUACGCGGGCGUCAAGGACGUGUUUGUGCCUAAAAUCUACAGCGACUUGACCACAUCUAAAGUCUUGACCAUGGAAUGGGUUGACGGCUUUCGUUUAACGGAUCGGGCAUCUUUGACGAGAUACAAUUUAGACGAAUCAAAGCUGGUUGAUACCCUGGUACAGUGCAGUUUGCGACAAAUCCUUGAGAAUGGCUUUUUCCAUGCAGAUCCCCACGCUGGAAACCUUUUGGCCUGCCCGGACGGCCGUUUGUGUUAUUUAGACUUUGGCAUGAUGAGUUACGCUACGAAGAAUCAACGCAAUGGAUUCCUGCUGGCAGUUGUUCACAUUGUUAACCGUGACUGGGAAAAGCUCGUUCGCCUUUACGUCAAGCUGGGCUUCAUUCCAGAAGGCACAGAUCUUAAGCCCAUCGAACUUGCGUUGGAAAACGCGUUACCAGAUGUAUUGGACGCCGACAUCAGCGAGCUCAAUUUUAAGAACGUCAUUAAUAAGCUUGGAGACAUCAUGUAUCGAUACCCCUUUUCACUGCCCCCAUUCUAUAUCGCCAUUAUUCGGUGUCUCGGCGUCCUGGAAGGCUUGGCCAUUCAAGUGGACCCUAAGGCACGCAUUAUUGGCGAAGCGUAUCCGUACGUGGCGAGUCGCGUUUUGACCGAUCCACAAGACGAUCUACAGGAAGCACUGAAAGGACUAGCGUUGACGAAAGAUGGCCAUGUUCGAUGGGAUCGAUUGGAGGGGUUGCUUGAUGAAGCGAAGGAGUCAUCAGGGUACGACGUCACGCUCGCUUUGGAUGUGUUGACGGAUUAUUUGAUUUCGGAAGAUGGCGACAAUAUGCUGGUUGAGCUUUCCGAGCAGAUCGUAAAUUCUGCUGAUAGUCUCGGUGCAGAAAGUAUAAGA